GCAGGGUGAGAGGUCGCAGUGUGGCGCGCGCCGGCUGCUGCUGCUGCUUCAGGGGCUGGCGGGUACGGACGGGUCGCUGGCGGGGUCAGUCAGGUCAGUCGCCGCGGGCCGGAGCUGCGGAGAGACCAGCCCAUCCCUCACCAUGUCCUACUGCAGGCAAGAAGGAAAAGACAGAAUUAUAUUUGUGACCAAGGAGGACCAUGAGACACCAAGUAGUGCAGAACUGGUAGCAGAUGACCCCAAUGACCCUUAUGAAGACCAAGGAUUGAUAUUGCCUAAUGGAGAUAUUAAUUGGAAUUGCCCAUGCCUUGGUGGAAUGGCUAGUGGUCCCUGUGGGGAACAAUUCAAAUCGGCCUUUUCCUGUUUCCACUAUAGCACAGAAGAAAUAAAGGGAUCGGACUGUGUGGACCAGUUCCGUUCUAUGCAGGAGUGCAUGCAGAGGUAUCCAGACCUCUACCCCCAAGAAGAUGAUGAAGAGGAGAAAGAAAAGCAGAGCAAAGAUUUAGAAACUACUUCUGCAGAGGCUGUGGUAGCCAAAGAGGAGACGGGAUCUAGCUAAUGAAGAUACAUGGAGGCUUUUGUCUCCAUUCCUUAAAAUCAGAGACAUGGACGUUUUGCAAAGUGUCUGUCUAGAGUCUUUAAGAAUUUUCACCUUUACUUAGGGUUUACCUUUACUGUUCUAUACAUUGUAUUGUAUGAAAUAACUUAUUCCUGGAGUGGAGAUCUCAUCCCUGUGGUCUUGCAAGUAAACACUGCAGUAAGAGCAAGGGCGUAUGUAUGUACUGUGUAAACUGUUAUCGGUGCAACCACUGCUUUACAUGUUUUUUCUCCAGUUGUCAGUUUGCAGAUUAGGUUGAAUAAUGUCUGUAAAACAUACUUCUUCCAACCAAAAAGUUUCAUUAGCCAGUGACAGGUCUAUAUCUAUUUCAGUUCAUUCUGAUCAGUCAUUAUUCCUUUUCAGUGUGUUCUGUGCUGUUGAUCGGAAAAGUGUUUUGUGGAAUUUCUUAAAGCUUCUCUGCCAGACAAUAGCCCAUAAAGUUGAAAAGGGUCUAAGCCUUAGAGGUUGCAACAUUUAUAAUUUCAAACGUCAUCAGAAGAUAUUGGCUGCAUAUACUACUAAUUCCAGGUAAAGACUUCCUGAAAACUAAAAUUUAAAUAUGUGGCUUUUUUAAUGUUAUGAAUUGAAUAAGAUUCUGCAUUUUGAAAAUGGUGAUGUGUUGGGCAGUUUUUGAUAAAACUAUCACAUGAAUGGGAAGAAUGCUGAUCACUGUGUUCCUUUGUUCUGAAAGCUCUGCUUUUGGGCUCUCUCUGAGUGCCUAUUCCUUUUGUAAAGACAAGUUAUUACAAUAUGUUGUUGACGAUAAAAUUGAAAUGUUACCUGGAGUAACACCCUCAAAGAAGAUACUAUGACUUGAACGCAUAUUAAAAAGGCAAAAUCUUUUUACCUUGCA